AUGGACAAACACAGUGAAUUCAUAACAACAUUGUCAAUGAAGACUCAAAAUGUUGGCAACAUUAAUGAUCUCAUUAGACAACUACUGGAGGAAGACAUUCAGAUUAUUCGCGAACAUACAGACAAUAGGACUGUUUGUUAUCUACCAAAUUCGAAGGAUUUAGAUGAUCUUCAAAAGGAGUUGUUAAAGACUGCUCAAGGUGUACGAGACGAAGCAUACACAGAAUUACGUUCGAUUGAUGAUAGCUUUGGAAGUUUGGUGUCAACACAGCUGUCAACAUCAACAUUAGACCAGCAAAGCAGUUUGAGUGCUGCAGAGAAUGAUCAGAACAAGGCGAAUAUAUUGGAUAAUUCUCGAGGUGAUGAAUCUCACUGUGCAAAUGAAGACACUUGCUUCUCCUCAUCGUCAACUUUCAAUGUUCAACAACAAUGCUGUUUGACAAAAUCUCUUGCUGAUAGCGCCACUACUCGUCCUAACAGUCGAUACUACAAAACGGAAUUGUGUAGGCAUUAUUCUAACACUUCUGGUAGAGGUUGUAGUUAUGGGGAUGGAUGUCAUUUCGCUCAUGGGGCGAUUGAACUCAGAUGCACUCCACAUCAUCCACGGUAUAAAACACAAUUGUGUCGUCUUUUUCAUCGUUACAGAAAUGUAGAUUCGGGAAGAGAUGUCAGUUUAUUCAUGACGAAGCAUUAG